AUGUUCCGCGAUUGGGAUACAAAAGGUAUCUCCUCACGUAGUAAUAAUGACGACUCUGAAUUGAAUACUAUUCAUCAAAAUACGAUCAAUUCGAUUCGACCUUAUUCGGUAAUACAUGGAAAUGUAAAACAGUUUUCAACAAGCGGAUUAGAUGGGAAGUUAGUUAUUUGGGAUUUGGAAAGUCUUUGA